AUGUCCAAGUGGGAGCGACGUGCGGGAGGGGGCCGUCGCGGCGGCUCUCGCGUGGCUGCCAUAGUCCUUUCCGUUUCACGCUCGGGCAAGUUCCUGUUUUGUGCUGUGCCGUCGGAACAAUACGCCAGAGAGUCUGCCGCCGAUUCCAGUGCCAGCGAGACGGGACGGACCGCAGGCGCUUCAUGGGACAAGGUAUCUACCGAGAGCAAAAUCCCCGUGCGGGGCAAAGCGCAGCCAACGACGAAGACUUUUUCCAGGCUGGCGACGAACAUUUCGAACAAAGUGAGAGCCCAUUUGUCGACGGAUUCGUCCAAACUGAGACCUUCUUCUGGGACGAUACUGGGAUUUUUGACCUCGGGAAGUAGAAGCAAAGGGUCUAAACGCACUCUGCAGCGGCCUUCCGCUUUUUAUCAGCCGUUGGUUCCCGACUGGCGAGCUAGGAGUGAGAACUGUUCUCCCAUAAGAGAGCGCGUAACCAAAGAUUCCCUCGGGCAGAGGGUUUACGCCCUGGGAUCGAAACCGGGUAUUCUCAGGUACUUCGGCAAGACGGACAUCGGCGAGGGCAAUUGGUGUGGGAUCGAGUUGGACGAACCGGACGGCGCGAACGACGGCUCUCUGGAUAAUGUCAAGUACUUUUCGUGUCCUCCUCUCCACGGGAUUUUCGUGCACGAAGGAAAUGUCAGUUUGAUAUCGACUGUCGAUUCUGGGCCGCACAGCCUGCUUUUGACGGACGCGGUCUCACCCGAAGACGACGUUUCGCCGACUGUCCCUUCCGUGCAUUCACGACCUUCGAGUCAAAUUUCGACCCCCGGGAGCACCAGCCUGCCUUUGUUCGAACUGACCGUGAGCUCUCUGAACUCUUCUGUGGGCUCAUUGAUACCAAGGGCGCAGAAUUCGAUCCAAGACACUUCCAUUCAGAGCAAACACAGUUCAUUCGAACAGGACGAGAGUUUAGGGAUUUUAACACCAGACCAGAUGUCGGACUUUACGCUGAACUGUGCUUUAGAAGAGCAACUCCAGAGAACGCCGUCGACCGGCGAGCUCUCCUCUUUUAUGUUACAAGACGUGAGCAUCGACGCGAUCAGCGAAACAUACGGCUAUUCUUCAAAAGACGUCGACCUUGAAGAAAGGUUGUCUUCUCCUUUAAUGGAAAGCAAACAAUCCAAAGAAUUUUCCAAAGAGCCGGAAGACAUCGAUGCCAGCGUCUCGAAGCAAACGUCGGACAGCAAAGUGAGUAAAAAAGAAUUUUUUGAUUUCCGGCAAGACCGAACGCCUUCGUUGGAGGACCUCCCUCUCGACAUGUCGUCUGAAGAGGCAAAAAGCGAAGCGAGGACGAUGUCGGUACCUCCAGUCAGCAGUUUCAUAACGAGCAUAACGAGCAUAACCAGCCUCGACAACGGUUACCAGGGCGACGGAGAGUGGAGCAGGCCCGCGAGCAGAGGCCCCGAGCACUCGCCUUCCGCCCACGCCAAACCGAAACCGAAAUUGGACCCUAUGACGGAUUCGGACUUCUUCACUGAAAGCGAUGCCGACGUGCACGAAGAAUGUGCUGGACACAGGCGUGCACAGGUGAUCGACGGAACUCUGUACGGUGCGCUACCUCAACCCGGGGGAGGGCCCUUGGGCAACCAGGUGCAGAGAUUUUCACCCACCACCGAGGAAAUGGACUCCAGCGGGAUAUUUUCCGAUCUCGAGAAGAAAUUCGAGGAGCCCGUCUGGGAGAAGUCCGACGAAGUCGAGGACGAGAGGAUCGCCUCGCCCGAAGGUUCCAUCAUGACGGUUUCUUCGAAAUCGGACCAAAGCUUGAAAAAAAUCUCACCCACUACCUUUUCUACACUGAUAACGGAGAAGCUGGACAAUAUUAAAAACUUGAUCAAUUCGGAGGAAUGCAACGUUCUUCCAGAUGUGGAAGAAGACCAAUCCGACAAAACGCCUCGCACUUUACAGAAGCAAAAUUCAGAUUCUCCUAACGGUAAAAAGUUCAAAAUGCCAAAAAGAAACGUUGUCUCUAAGAUAAAAACUAUGAUGAGCAAUCAACCCAGUGCAAAAACGGUCGAUAACGAAAACCAAGAAAACAGGGUACCCAGGACGGUCAAAAAAGGGCGAUGGGACGCUGUCAUGAACAAGAUCGCACAGAACCAAGCCCAAGAAAAGACGACACCGAAGAUCAAAGAAGUCAAAAGCAAAGUCUUUUCUGGAAUAAUGUCCAGCCCGCCCAAAACGAACAGCCGUCCUGUGGCUGCAAAUGGAUGUAGGAAAGCCAACUCCACUCGAUGCCUGUCGACGGCGCAAUCCAUCUCGUCCCGUUCGUUGAGAGACAUCACGACAAUAAAAACCAAAAGAUACGAAAGCCGAAGAUCCAGGGUCCGGAGUUCAGAAUCAUCUCUCCAAGGACCAAUUGUCGGAUCGCAGGCUAGCUCCAGGAACAGCUCCAUCAGUGACUUAUCCCAGGCUAAAACGAUGUCCACUCCGAGAUCAAGCAAAAAAAGGGAGCCGAGGUGCAGCAGCCCGCUGAGCGACGGUUCGACCAAUUCAUCAGCUUCUCAGGCUCAGAAACGUUCACAGCCGAGCAUCGGCUCCGAAUUGCAGACCCCGCAACAAAAAUCACCCAAGUCUCCAUCUAACGGAACAAAUGUCGGUUCGGCAGAGAAGUCGAAUCUGGCACGUAAAUCGGCCCCUCGUCGUUCGAUCCUCUCGACAAAACCGCAACCACUGCGAGACCAAAACAGAGUUAAUAAUGUUGGAGGGAAAUCUGAAAAUGGCUUCGCAUACAAGGAAAGCCCUGUCGGGAGGGGUAAAACACAGACACAUUUAUCAAGCGUCCCUAAAUCAACGCCUACACCGGACCCGAAGGCAGUAGCGGCCAUCAACCAUGCAUCGAAGGGCGCUGAAGCUCUUGCCAUCCUAGUCAACUACCUUGUUUAUCAGGUCGAUGCGUUUUCAACACCUAAACUCAAAAAAGAUAUUGAAAAUUUGAAUAUUGAGUGGUUAAAAACGAAGCAAGAGUUGGAGGAAGCUAAGGUUAACUAUGAUAAGUUAAAAAGUGAAUAUGAUUUAGAGAAGAAAAAUCAUGAUGAGUCAUUCGAUGAGGCUUAUAAAGCUUAUGAAGACGAGAAAAACGAACUCAGCGAAAAAUUUAAAGAGGAAUACAAUAAAUUGUCACAGUUUCAUAAGGAGAAGUUGAAUGAAAUUAGGAGUGAUUUUGAAGCAAAGGAGAAACUGCUUAAGGAUAAAUAUGACCGAGAAAUUGAAUGCCUACAACAUAGCCAGUUGGAGCAGUUAAACAAACAAAAGAAAGAGAGUAAUUUAGAAAAAGAAAAUAUGAAAAAGGAAUAUUUGAAGAUCAUAGCAGAGGGCAACAAUAGAGAGGAGUCACUAGUGAAAAAAUUGGAAGAAGUACAGAAAGAGUUUGAGCAGUUGAAGCAGAAAUCCGAACAAUUUUUAACCACUGUCGGAAAAGACGCAAAACUCAAGAUGUCCAUACAGCAAACGAAUGAAUUGCAACAAGAGAUCGACUCUUUGAGAAGCGUACUCGAGUUGAAAAGUGCAGAACUACUAGAGCUUAGGAGGCAGAGCCAAAUUUGGCAAAGGGACGCCGAGCAGCUUCCACUUGCCCAACAUAAAGUCACAACGCUCCAUGCCAGAGUCGAAGAUUUACAGGCCAGGCUGAACGACAAGGAGUCAAACGAACAGAAGCUUGUCCAAGAAAUAGGAACUCUCUCUCAGAAAGUCGAGAAAGAAUCAACCCAGAAGAAACGUUUGUCUAUGUAUAAUGAAGAACUUCAAUGGAAACUUAAGAAAAACUAUGAAGUUGUAAAUGCAAUGGCAGCUCUUUCUGGGACAGGUGUAACAACACCAGUGAAGGGCGAAGGCCGGACUGGAUAUUCUUUAAGCAAAACUGCCAGUGAAGCCGAUAUCGAUGGGCAAAAAUACUUUUCCCAUCAACGUAAUUGUUCCACCCCUGUGGAUUCACCGAAGGUGAAAGCCGUAAUCGAAAAAAAUGAGUCGAUAGCUUGGAUGCUUGACAUGUACGAUGAACCGGAGUGCAUAGCUUCAAAGAUUCUCCAAAGGGCGCAGAGCAUGAAGUGCACGGCCACAACUCAGAUGAAGCCGACGCAACUCAAGUGCAGGAAUCGUUCUUCGAAGUCCCUUUCAGUCUCUUUGCCAAGGAAGGCGUCUCGGAGCAAGAGCAGUCCAUGUACGCCCGAGAGGAAAUCGCCUGAUGACGAAAGCUGGGAUGAACACAUCACAGAGGAAGUCAUCGUUGUAGAGAGUAUCGGCGAUCGGAGCGUUCUAGAACUCUUUGAAGUCGACAACACGGAGAUACACAUCGAGGACCACCCUAAAAAAGAGCCUUCAGAAGAAGAUAUCGAAAUGCUGCGGAGAGUGGAAGAGCCAGGAUACAGAGCUGACGUAUCUGUGCCAAAAGAGUCCGGUGGGGAAGCGAUGAUUUCUGGUGAGGCUUCUGACGAUGAUGAUGUUGUUGAUGAUGACAUUGACUCAAUUCAGAUCUCCACCUCAGAUGAAGAUUUCAGCGACCAUGAAGUCGAUUCUUCAUUAAAUGAUCCGGAUCUAAAAAUUGAUUCUCUUUAUUCUAAUUCUAUACAACAAGAACUAGAAAAAUCUUUGUACCAAACAGAUUAUAUUAUGAAUUCUCAAGACUAAAAGAAUACUAUAUAUAUUGUGUGUGAGUGUGUGUAAAAGAAAUAUUAUUUAAAAAAUGUGUUAUUAAAAUACUUGUAUAGAAUAGUAAUAUUUUAUUUCUAGUCUGAACUAAUUUAAACUGUUUUGUAAAUAUUUUUCGCAAUUUUUCAAUUCAUAACGUUUAAACAUUUUUGAUUUUGGGACUCAUCGUGGGUAUCCUUGAUUGUAAAUAAUUUUCAAAUUUUGAUCAGUGAGGGAAGAUUCUUUGAAAUUAUAGGCUGUGGUUAUAGUGUGAAAGAUUUUAUUAAUUAUUUAUGUUUAUAAUUUCUUUAAACUUGUUUUUAUAGUGUUUUAGCAAGAGGUAAUCAAAUAAAAAUCAAUGUUUUAUUGUGGUAUAAAUAUUUUAUUUGAAAACUAAAUAUUGUAUGGUUGUUAAUAUUAUUAAUUAUAACUAUUAUCUUAGAAAUGUUAUAAACUUGUUCAUAAAGUUUAAUGUUUUUUUUUUGUAAUACAAUCAGAUGAAAAUAUUUUGAACAAGAAAGUGCGUGAUAUGAGUUACUAUUGCAUUUUUAUUGAAUGUCACAUCAAUUUGUUUAUAAUUUAUAACAUGGAUUUACGAUAUUUGCAGCAUAUUCAAUAUGUCAAGUGUUGUUAUUUCUGCAGACGCAUAAUUUCUCGUAUCAAUCUGCAUGGAAAUGCUUUUUUAAAUUUUGUAAGAUGCCAUUGAUCAUGCAUGAUUUAAAUGUACUAAAUACAAAGUUGUUUUAUUUAUCA